AUGCAGCCUGGAACAAAAAUUGAUGCAGAUUCAUGUUGUGAAACUUUGCGACGCUUACGGAGAGCUAUUCAAAACAAACGAAGAGGCAUUUCUGGAGUUUUUCUGAUCCGCGACAAUGCCUGUCCUCACAGCGCUCGUGUAACCCAACGGCUCCUUCAGCAAUUUCAAUGGGACAUUUUCGAACAUCCACCAUAUAGUCCCGACCUAGCACCGAGUGACUUUCAUCUGUUUCCUGAACUGAAGCAGUGUAUUGGCGGGAAGCGCUUCCAAAAUGACAUGGAGCUGAAAGAAACCGUCACAACUCACUUCCAAUCGUUGGCGGGGACAUUUUAUGAAGAGGGUAUUGCAAAGCUUGUUCACAGAUAUGACAAAUGUCUCAAUCGUCAAAGUGAUUAUGUAGAGAAAUAA